CCUUCUCCUCCACCGAAACUGAUCGUCCUCAAGAAGAUUCCUCGUACACCGGCGGUCUUCAGUUGCGUUUUCUCUUCAUCUCAGAUGAGCGGUUCCGAAGGUGCCCGUCGAUAAUUGAGCGCGGUUCCAUCGACGUAAGUACCGCUUUGCCGGGCGAAGUGAUUCUGUGAUUCUGUGACAUUGUGCCGGACACGCGACCUCCCGCGAAUAUGAGAACUCUUGCGUUUUGCUUGGUGAGCUGCUUUGUAGCCAUCGGCGUCUCGGGGAUUGAUGAACACCGACCGAAUAAGAAAGGAGAGGACCGAGGGAAGCGGAACUUGGAGUAUCAAAUAUCCAACCACUAUUCCAACAUACCGACGUACCGAUUGGAAAGGAGAUUAGUAACGAGUCCCCAGUACCAAAAUCCAACACAGUAUUAUUCCCGAUCAUAUCGCAAAGAUCCGACAAACGAGGACCUACUAACUGAAAAUAAUCGCAUCCAGGAGAACGUCGAUAGGUACGGUGGAUAUCAUCAUAAGCCCCAGAUUAUCGAAAGGCCUGUUUACAUAAAGGAACCCGAACCGAUUAUUGAAAUUAUCAUUAAAGAAUCGAAUGUCUCUUUGCCGGCGCCACCUUCUCCUCCGCCUCCGCCCAAAAAGAAAAAAGAGCAAGUUCAAGUGUUUUACGUUAAAUAUAAAAAGAAUCCCGAUCCCUAUGCGAAGGAUAACAUUAUUUACGAUAAACCCGUACCGGCUAUUGCACCAGAAAUUCCAGAUGAAGAGCCCGAAGAAGAACCAGCGCCAUACCAAUACAGUGAAGCCGCCACAGUUCCUCCACCACCCAGUACCACGCUCAGAACCAUUAUAAAACCUGAUUCAGAGUUUUAUCAUAGUCCCAGUGGUGUAAAGGUUACCUUCGGUAAAGAGGGAUUUGAUUACGAUAAAAGAUCGAGCAAGCCUGAGGAUUUUGUAGCGCCUCAAAAUUCCGGUGUUGUGCCCCAAGGCAGGCAGCUAUCAUCAUUUUCGAACGCUUAUUUCAAACGACCAACUACUAGCAAUUUUCAGUCUCUUCCGCCAGGUUUCAGAUCUGACGUUAGACACGAAUUCAGACCAGAUGCUAGACACAUUCAACCUUACAGGACUAUAAAUUUGCCACAAAAUAACUUUAAACAAUUUGGCAAACAAAAUUCUGCUCCACAAUCACCAAAUUUCUCGUUCCAACCACCACAAUCUGCACAAUUAGGGCCUACAUUUAACGGUUUCUCGCAACCACCGACGCCACCAUCGCCACAAUUCGCACACAGCAUUUCUCAUCCGCCACCACUUAGAUUCCAAGCAAAGCCCAACCCCGUUCAAACAAGACAGCCGGUUCCUUACAAACCUUUCGACAAUUACAGACCUCAACAACAAUUUUCGCAGCCUACACCCCUUCAACACCAACCUAUACAAUUUAGACCUGAGACACGUUUCCCCGUUCAACAACCGCUUCCUCUACCCGAAUUUGCUAACUUUAACAAUCCUCGGUUAAAUCAGCAAUUUAAUAGCGGAGAAAUACCGCAACAACCCCAACAACAACAACAAUUUGCAUCACAACAACCCACUUUCCAACAAUUACCUAAUAUUCGACCUCAACCAAAUUUCCGACCACCUCAAGCCUUCCCGCCACAAUCGUUACCUACGCAUCAACAUCAUUCACAACAGCAACAACCACAACAUAAACCAUCUUUCCAACAGCCAAUUUCAUCUCAACCACUGCAGCAUAACAUUCCGCAACAUAAACCUACUUACCAGCAUGAGCACACAUCACCACAGGCGCAUCCGCAUCAACAGAUCACCUCACAACAUCACCACCAACAACAAGCAAACGUUUCACCGCCUCAACAAAUUCCUCAGCAACAACAUAACCAGUUCUCACAAACGCAACAAUUUUCUCAUCAACCACAGCAAAAUGUAUUUAGAAACCCGGAGACGCAGCAGAGUUUCCACAAUCAACAAUCGAAUCAGCAACAAAAUCAACAUUUAAGUCACCUGCAAUCUGCUCAAAAUAUUUUACCUCCUGGAGGGCAGCUGAUUCCUUCAGUUUCCAAAUUCGAACAACACAUUUCGUCGAUAGAAACUAGCCCGUCGCAAAAUCUCAGGCCAGACCAAUACCAGCAAAAGGUGAUUCAGCAAUUCGGUCAAACCCCCGAACAGAACAGCCAGGAGGUUUUGACCAGGCAACAAACGGCUAGUCAUCAAAAGAGAAUAUUGGACGAGGCCCAGCGACAGAACAACGCUCAAAACUACCUUCAAAAUUACUCGAUAAAGCCGUCUAACCAACCGGACCAGAAAGCCAUCGAUCAACGAAACCAUCUCUUAGAAGAAAUCGAAAGGCAGAGGUUGCAACAGGAACAACUCCGCCAAUUUUACCAGCAAAAUCCCGACAUCAAACAGGAAGUCCUAACGAACUAUGUAACUUCACCCCAACCGGAGUACCUGGCCACCAGAAAAAACGUCGAAGUUAGCACCACUCCCAGAAUACAAUACCAAUCGACCACCAAAGCCACUACGCCCGCACCACCUACAACUACCACCAAAGACCCGAAAUUCCUAGAAGCGCAACUUCCCGACGAAGUACCAGAGGACCUCAGGCAGCAAUUGCUUUCCUCCGGGAUACUGAACAACGCCCAUAUAUCAGUUUUAGAUUACGACAAAGUCGGCGAUAUUCCUCUUUCAGCUCUACCACCAGAGCAAUUGGCUAACUUCUACGGAGCAGGAGGUGCAUCUCAGCUAGCCGCCAUUGCAGGUAGUGACCCAGUUCCCGCGGUGGUCCGUAAAGACGGCACCAAAGUCGAAAACCACGUGGAAUUCGAAGACGAACCCGAGUCAGCCGCUUCCGAAUACCAACAGGUCGUAGCGAGCCCUCUCGUCGCCGGCGCAGCGCCCUCGAGCGUCGAAAUGAAGGUUGUUCGGUACGAUCCGGAGACGGACAAAGGACAGCAGGUGCAAGAAAAGUAUGUCGAAGAUCAGGCCCACCAGACGAAUCCGGUCGUAUUGAAUGAUAAUAGUUACAACAGGUAUCUCCCUCUAAAAAUAAAUGGUACACAAUUUCCUAUUCCGGACGCGCCCGAAUUAAAAGGGAAGCAAAUAUCUAGCGUAGUUGUGUUGGCUCCUAUCAGCUACGAUUUUUCAUCGGAGAGAAAAACUAGGGAAACUUCGAGGGACUUGUCGCAGAAAUCCAGCGAUAUCGAUCUAAUACAGGGGACUGCAUUAAAGGAUUUGCUGACCGAUCCGUCUUCGGUUAAUUUUAAGAAAUUUUUGGAAUCCGAGAACAGGACCAGCAGCGAGAAACAAGCCGUAAUCUUAUUGGUCGCAGAGCCGGGGACUUCGAAUGAAAAAGAGAUUUUCAUGUACGACGUGGGAACUCAAAGUGUUAGUAAAUUAAACGGAGAAUUGUCGUCUGCAUUCGUUGAAGCUGCCGAAGCUAAUUCGGUCGAGAAACAAGCUGCAACGGAUAGGCGAGACAAGGGGGAUUUAGAAGAUGCUUCUAGCGAAAAUCACGAAGCAAGGGUUCCAAUCAUCGAUCCACUCCAAGAGGAAGAUAUGGAGACCCAAGCAUCUGAACAUCUGGAAUCGUUCGUGGACAUUUCUGGACAUCCUAUAGACGAUCUAAUGGCUCAAUCUACAUCGAAUUUUGUCAGUAAACGAAAAUCAUAAAAAGACUGGUCGCUUUUAGGGUUUAAUCAAUUUUUGUAAAUAAAUAUUCCGCACUCGGAGAAAAUCGGAAAAACUUGGGAUGGUUGUUUUUAAUUUUAUAAACAAACUAUUGAAGAAUGUUUUAGAUUAUUGAAAAUCAUUAGAAAAGUACUUAUGUUAAGCUUGUUUAGGUUUUUCAUUAGAUCACUAUCUUUAUCAAAAACUUUAGUGCCAUUUUCUCUUCUUUUGCACCAGUCAAUAUUGCAGAAUUUUUGAUGCAGCUAAAUGGCAAUAAAUUUA